CACAUGUCUUUCUGCCUGACUGAGAUGUUUCUGUGGUCUUUGAAGACUAACUUACAUGUUAGAGAUGAAGAUAUUGGGAUCCACCAGUACUAUGACAAGAACGAACCAGCAUCACAGGUAAAGCGCAGUUACCGAGAAGAGAAGCAAAAGCUAGCAGAAUCUCGAGAUUAUCCGUGGAUACUGAAAAACAAGCGACCAGACAAACUGCGAGAUACUCUGAAGGAGGUAGAGGACUUAAUGCAAAAUGGUCAAUGUGUGCUGAGCAAAUGGAAGAACAAACAUAUCUGUCAGCUCCUCUUUCACUCAGGUAUAUUGGUGUCCCUAAGCCUUUCUGGGCCACAGCUGGAGAAAGUGGUGAUUGACAAGACCCUGGUGGGGAAGCUCAUCUCCGACACCAUCAGUGAUGCUCUUCUUACAGACAAUUUCAUCAUCUUGUCAUUUGAGGACCAUAACCAACUCUGCUUUAUUCAGUUUACAAAGAAGAUGGAUUCUCCCAAUGUAAACAAAAGACUGGAAAAACUCUCUUGUUUGGACUUUAAGAUUUCUUACAUUGAUAUACGCGGACCAGAAGGUAGAAGGAUGAAGCGUCACCUGGCAAUAAACUGUAUGCAAGAUAUGGUCAUUUGCUGGUGGUCAGCAACUAGUGAUGGAGCAUGGCCUUGGUCUCCUAUUUCCUGUGAGAGGGACAGAGCCAACCUAUUGCUAUUAAGCUGUGCACAUGGCAAAUUGGAGGUUCUGAGUUACGUCCAUACAGAAUGGGAUCCACUUGAUGCUAGCUUCAGCACUAAUCAGCCUUAUCAGAUUUACACAGUAGAACACUCCGUGUCUGCUGACAAAGAGCCCAUGGCCGACAGCUGCGUCUACAAGUGUGUUAGGAACAAAAUUCAGUGUAUGACAGUCACCAGAAUACCACUGCGAUCCAAGGCCAUCAGCUGUUGCAGAGAUGUUACUGAAGACAAACUAGUCCUGGGUUGUGAAGAUUUAUCAAUAAUUCUGUAUGAAGCCUACAACCAAGUGACUCUGUUAGCCCAAGCAGAACUGCUGCCUGCUUUAAUAACCUACCACCCUUCCGGAGCCAUAUUCAUGGUUGGCAGCUCUCAAGGGGAGCUGCAAGUUUUUGACACGGCACUGUCCCCAAUUAAAAUUCAGCUCUUGGCACAAGACUAUUCACCUGAGGCAACUCUGCAAUUCAGUAAACACUUCGAUGUACCUAGCAGCCUCAUCCAGAUCCAGUGGGCUGCUCCUCAAGUUGCAUCUGCCAGCACUGAUGGCACAGAUAUUCAUGAUCUUUUGUUGGUUAGGUUCGACAAAGGACCCUUAGGAGUACUUCACUUUAAACUUGGUGCGAUCACAAGAGGACAGCUGGGCCUUGUGGAAAUCAUCCAGCAGUACAUUCGUUACGAUGAGACACACGAGGCAAUUAAUGUCCUGAACACCAUGAACUGGAAUACAAUGGGUCAUCAGUGUUACAUAUGCUUGAGUGCCAUUGUUAAUCACCUUCUUAAACAAAAACUUACACCAGACAGAGAAGCACAGCUUGAGGCAAGCCUUGGAACCUUUUAUGCUCCAACAAGACCCCUCUUGGAUACAACCGUGCUGGAGUACAGGGACCCAAUCAGCAGAUAUGCAAGAAGGUUCUUCCACCACCUGCUCAGGUAUCAGAGAUUUGAAAAAGCAUUUCUGCUAGCUGUUGACAUAGGUGCUCGGGACCUGUUUAUGGACAUCCAUUACCUUGCACUAGAUAAGGGUGAAUUGGCACUAGCUGAAGUGGCAAAGAAAAAGGCUAAUGACAUUGAUGCAGAAUCAAUAACUACUAGAAUUG